UUGAACGCAUCUCAUCUUCGUCUCGUGCUCCGACGCACGCACUCUGCAGAAGACGCUCAAAAUUUGUGUCCCUGGAAAAACCUCCACAGACAGACGUGAGGGUGAGGAGAGUGGGGUUUUACACGAGAGUUACUGUGGAGACUUCAGUGAUAUGAUGAGGAUCCAAACGUCCGCGCAACUUUCCUUCCGGACUGCCUUCGCCCUGAGUUCUCCUGCGAGUGGCUUAUGAGUGAAUCCAAAGUGGAAAGCAACAGGAGGACGUCAUUCUCAUCUGGAACACUGGAAAUCUUGAAGUGACAAUGUCGCAGCUGUAUUAUGGAAAAACUGACAACUCAUCAUACCGGGACCACAUCCCCCUGCGGAUCGUGCGGGCCGAGUCGGAGCUCUCCGCCCUGGAGAAGGCCUACCUGGGCGCUGUGGAGAAGGGGGACUAUUCGAGUGUGAAGGAAGCCCUGGAGGAGGCUGAGAUCUACUUCAGAAUCAACAUCAACUGCAUCGACCCGCUGGGCCGCACCGCCCUGCUCAUCGCCAUCGAGAACGAGAACCUGGAGAUCCUCGAGCUGCUGCUCAGCUAUAACGUGUAUGUGGGCGAUGCCCUGCUGCACGCCAUCCGCAAAGAGGUGGUGGGCGCUGUGGAGCUGCUGCUCAACCACAAGAAGCGUGGGAAACAGGUCCCGCCAGUUCUGCUGGAAAAACAGUUUUCAGACUUCACCCCAGACAUCACUCCCAUCGUGCUCGCAGCCCACACCAACAACUACGAGAUCAUCAAACUGCUCCUGCAGAGAGGCGUCUCCAUACCUCAGCCGCAUGCCGUGCGUUGCAACUGCAAGGACUGCAUGUCUGGCUCAGACAUGGACAGCCUGCGUUACUCGCGCUCCCGUCUCAACAUCUACAGGGCCCUCGCCAGCCCGUCCCUCAUCGCCCUCUCCAGCGAGGAUCCGUUCCUCACGGCCUUUCAGCUCAGCUGGGAGCUGAAGGAGCUCAGUACGAUGGAGAAAGAGUUCAAGAAGGAGUACGAGGAGCUGUCGCAUACAUGUAAACAUUUUGCAAAAGACCUCCUGGACCAGACCAGAAGCUCCAAAGAGUUGGAGACAAUCCUUAACCACCGGGAUGACGUCAAUCCUCUGCUCGAUGAGAACGGCGGCGAUCUGGCACGACUCAAGCUGGCUAUCAAAUUCUGCCAGAAAGAGUUUGUCGCUCAGCCUAACUGUCAGCAGCUGCUGGCGUCUCGGUGGUACGAUCAGUUCCCUGGCUGGAGGAGGCGCCACUGGGCAGGAAAACUCAUCACGUGUUUCGUCAUUGGCCUGCUAUUUCCACUGUUAUCCAUCUUCUACCUGAUCUCUCCAAAGAGCCGCUAUGGGUUAUUCAUCCGCAGGCCUUUCAUCAAGUUCAUCUGUCACACCGCUUCCUACAUGACCUUCCUCUUCCUGCUCUUCUUAGCCUCGCAGCAUAUAUCUUUUGCAGACCCGAACUUUCAGGGCCCAGCUCCCACCACUGUGGAAUGGAUGAUCCUGCCUUGGGUGCUUGGCUUCAUGUGGACUGAGAUCAAACAGAUGUGGGACAAUGGUUUCGAAGACUACUUGGAUGACUGGUGGAACUUAUUGGACUUCAUAAUGAACGCCUUGUAUCUUGCAACCAUUUCUCUGAAGAUCGUUGCCUAUGUAAAGUACAAUGGCCCCAAACUCAGAGACAGCUGGGAAAUGGGGCAUCCGACUUUAGUGGCAGAGGCUUUGUUUGCCAUUGCCAACAUCUUCAGCUCUCUGCGCUUCAUCUGCCUCUUUACUGCCAACUCCCAUCUGGGACCCUUACAGAUCUCACUGGGUCGAAUGCUCCUGGACAUCCUCAAGUUCCUUUUCAUCUACUUUCUUGUGCUUUUAGCAUUCGCCAAUGGCCUCAACCAGCUGUACUUUUAUUAUGACACAGAUGUGGGCAAUAAAUGCAAGGGUAUUCGCUGUAAUAUACAAAACAACGCCUUCUCAACGUUGUUCGAGACUCUGCAGUCAUUAUUUUGGUCUUUGUUUGGCCUGAUUUCCCUCUAUGUGACCAACGUGCAACCACAACAUGAAUUCACCGAGUUUGUGGGCACCACCAUGUUUGGCACAUACAAUGUGAUCUCCCUUGUAGUGCUGCUGAACAUGCUAAUUGCAAUGAUGAACAACUCCUACCAGCACAUAGCUGACCAUGCAGAUAUAGAGUGGAAAUUUGCAAGAACCAAAUUAUGGAUGAGCUAUUUUGAAGAAGGGGGGACUUUGCCAUCUCCAUUUAAUAUAAUACCCAGUCCAAAAUCAGUCUUUUAUCUAUUGAGAUGGAUAAAGACGUGCUUGUUUAGGAGACCAAGCAUAAAAAGGCUGGAGACCUUCGAAUCUGUAGGGACACGUGCAGCCAGAAAUGUGAGACUAAACCACGAGUAUCAGGAGGUUAUGAGGAACCUUGUGAAGCGGUAUGUGGCUGCUAAGAUCAGAGAUGCCAAGACAGCAGAGGGGCUGACAGAAGAGAAUUUCAAGGAGCUUAAGCAGGACAUCUCCAGCUUCCGCUAUGAAGUCAUGGGAAUGAUGAAGAGUAAAUCUCUGGGUAGGGCAGGAAGUAGCGUUGCAAGCUGCACCAUGGCAUACCCCGGAAACCCGUUCGUAUACUCUCCCAAAUUCCCCACCGAUGAGCUGGAUCAGAACCUGAAUGUGUUCGAUACAAUCCUGUCCCCGCCACAGAACUCAGCAUCCAUGUCCACUAACAGGACAAACAAUGGUGAAAUCACUCUGUUCACUAUUGGACAGACACGUCAAUCCAACGAUGUCUCAGAGGCGGGGCCUAAAAAACGCAAAGAAACGUCUUUGUCGGCAAACAGUUCAGGAGGAUCUGGUGGACAAAAGAUGGGGGAGGUAGUUGUGGAGGUCUUACAGACGGUGCAGAGGAACAUCCAAGCGACUGAACAUACUUGCAAAGAGCACGUCAAGGAGGUGAAAAUGGGGCAAAAAAAGCAAAAGAAAUAAUCCCACCAAAGCGGAAAUGAAUCUUCUCAAAACUAAAGAGUGCUGUAGUUGUUUUCUGUUAAAAUCCUGCAUCAGAUCGUGUAAUGAUAUGAUAUAACGUGCAUUCAUCUUUGAGUAGAAAGACAAACUGCUGAGUGAGGAUGAGGAUGACCUGGUGACUUGAUGCUCAGGGACUUACCUCAGUAUGGUCCACCUUUGACCUUGAAUACUUAGUUCUGAAGAACAAAGACACCCUGUUGCCUAAUCUCUAAUCAAAUGCCUUGAACCGUUUACUGAAAAUACUGAAAUGUGUCUUAAAUCUGUCAAAACGCAAUAUACUGCUUCUUAUAUGUAUGUUGAUUGUAUCUGGCUCUUUUUGACUGAUUAAAAAACUAAAACGAAAUCAGUGAGUUAGGAACAUUUUACUCCUGCUUUUCUUUGAAGCGGAAGAGAUGAUGUCAGUGUAACGAUGAGGUUUGUUCUUAAAACCUCCUCAGCUGCUCUUCAUCACCCUGCCUGGCAGGGAGAAAGAAAGUCACAGACUCACAUUUUCUUGGCCCUCCUUUAGUUUUAUUAAGGCACACUUAAGUUGCGACACUGUUUCAAAUCCACAGUUGCAUUCACUCAUUGCCAGGAUCAUUGUGUUUACGAUGGAUGGAGAGUUGGACGGCUUUGUCAAGUCUUCUCCAGCACUCUUCUUGACAAUGUCUCAAUGUGUCAAGAGCUGCAAUCUGUGGUGUCCAAUACAUGAGGAAAAAGUUUACCUCGUGCUCCCUGAACUAUUUGAUCACAAUUUGUGACCAAUGAAUCACCGCCUUGUUAUCUUGAAAUAUGCCCCAAAACCAGGCAAUUAGCUGACCUCAUCGUUUUUGGACAUAUAACAUUGUAGAACUUCGAACUGACCAAAUGAACUAACCUCAGAUCAAACACUGCCCCUCGGAGGCUUGUAUGGUCUAAGCCAGGGGUCUCAAAGUCAAAUGACCCGAGUACCCCACUGAGUAUCUAGAUUGGUCAGCAGGGGCCAGUCAUACAAGCCAAAAAUGAUAUCACCAUAAUAUCGAAAUUAUGAUAUUAGAAUUUCAAAAUAAAAUGUGUGUUUUGAUAUGGAGCGAUACAUAGUUCACAAAAGGAACAUAUUUAUGAUGCAAAAUUAAGCUAUUAAUAAUGCAAAAACAUAAAGACAUAACUGGGCCGCAUGAAAUUGAAUUUAGUCAAAUAUUACAGUAUGUGACUUUUUUUGGCCAGGUAUUGUACCCGCAAACUCAAAGGCCAAUGGGUCCUAUGGCAAUGUCUUGCUGUUGUGCAAACAUAUAAUGGAAUUAUUCUACAAUCAAAUAAAAAAAGUGUGUCUGACUUCC